AUGGCGGUAGUCAUCCGUUUACAGGGGCUUCCUGUUGUUGCGGGUUCUGCAGAUAUUCGCCGCUUCUUCUCAGGAUUGAAUAUUCCUGAUGGAGGUGUGCAUAUCAUUGGAGGAGAAAAGGGGGAAGCUUUCAUUAUAUUUGCAACAGAUGAAGAUGCACGACAAGCAAUGAGCUAUUCUGGAGGAUUUAUCAAGGAUUCACGUAUAGAGUUCUUUCUUAGCAGCAAGACAGAAAUGCAGACUAUAAUAGAAAUUAGUAGGAGAAGACGGGCAGGUUCCAUUAACUCAGGCGCAUCUGGAAUUGGCAAUAUUUCAAAUUUAGUUGCAGCCAUUAAUAAAGGAAUGCAUCAAUCUAGCUGUAGUUCCAUGGAUCCGUUGGGGAAUGAGUUCCGUUCAAAUGGAUCUCGAAACAGUGAUACAGAUAUGUUGGAACCAAACUAUAAUCAGCCUAACAAAGAGCCAUUUCCAAGUGUGUACCUAUUUAUACGUGGUAUGCCUUAUUCUGCAACAGAAGAUGAUGUACGCAAUUUCUUCUCUGGAUUGCAAGUGGAGGGAAUAGCCAUGAGAAAAAUUAAUGGUAAAAAUAAUGGAGACGCCGUGGUAAAAUUUGCAACAUUAAGCGAUGCCACGGAAGGGCUUCAACGUGAUCGAGAGUAUAUGGGUUCAAGAUUUAUUAUCGUACGAACCUCUGGUAAAGGAACGUGGAUUAAGUUUGGUGGAAAGAUUGGCAGUCCUGUCAAUACCAAACAUUUCAGUCAUCAUUUGAAUAAGGAAACAUUUUCUUCAAGCAGAGAGCAUUCACGAAGAGAGCCAGACUAUUUGUCCUCAAGAAAACGCACCUGUUCAAGGUCUCCAGAGAGGGUUAUGGCACGCACUCGUUCAAGGUCUCCUGCAGGGAGGAUUACAUCACGUACCCAUUCAAGGUCUCCAGGGAGGGUUAAGGCACACCAUCGGUCAAGGUCACCACGGAGGGUAAGGACACGCACCCGGUCAAGGUCACCACAGAGGGUAAGGACACACACCCGGUCAAGGUCACCACCACGGAGGGUUAUGGCACGCACCCGGUCAAGGUCACCACCAUGGAGGGUUAUGGCACGCACCCGGUCAAGGUCUCCACAACAGAGGUUUAUGACACAGUCUCGUUCUCAACACAGAGAAUAUUAUAUACUCAUUAAAAAUCUCCAACCUACUGUUGAGAAGAAAGAUUUGAUAAAGUUCUUUGGGCAUCCAGGUGUGACUGCCAGUCCUAUUAUAUUUUUAAAGCCAGAAGGCGAUGAAAAGACGAAAGAUGCAAUUCUGUUGUGUGACUCAUUGAAGGUGUAUGAGUUUGUAUUGACCUUUCACAAGGAUAAACUGCUUGGCCAGCCGAUUUUCAUCUUUCCCAUUUCAAAAGAAAAGCUGUUGUUCUUGACUGAAUCUUCUGAAGCAAAAGUACCACCAGAAAGACAGCACCAUGCAAAUGAAAGAAGUGAUAGAGAUGAAUAUUCUGGCUUAAAGACCUGCGUAUAUGUGAGAAACUUUCCAUUUGAUGUGACAAAUGUUGAAGUACAGAAGUUCUUUGCAGGAUUUAAUAUUGAUAACAGUGACAUUUAUUUGCUUUAUGAUGACAAAGGAAUUGGACUUGGGGAAGCAUUGGUCAACUUCAGAACUGAAGAACAAGCCCGCAAAGCUGAAAGCUUAAAUCGCCGGCGGUUUUUGGGAACAGAGGUACUCCUAAGAUGUAUUUCUGAGGAACAAAUGCAAGAGUUUGGUAUUAAUAUUUCAUCAACAUCAAAUGAAAAGAUACAGGAUAAUCUCCAUACAUAUGAAAGAAGUGAACAUUUUUACCCCAGUGGUUCACAAGGAUCCUCUUUGCAUGGGAACUUAAAGCACCUGUCUAAUUAUAGACACCCGUCUGAUGAUUUUAUCGGCUCAUCUGAUCUUUUUAGAGGGCCCCCUGGUGAUGGCAUUCCUGGUAGUUUUCAAGAAGGGCAUUUUAGGCCUGACUAUAAUUCUAGUGGUGCCUCAGAUCGUGUCACAUUGAUUAAAUUAAAGAAUUUACCGUUUCAAGCUUCUCCUAAUGAAAUUCUGGAUUUCUUCCACGGUUAUAAAAUCAUACCAGAAUCUCUUUCUAUUCUGCGCAAUGAAUAUGGAAUGUCUUCUGGUGAAGCUAUUCUUGCCAUGAUGAAUUAUAAUGAGGCAGUGGCUGCUAUUAAUGAAUUAAAUGACAGGCCAAUUGGCAACCGCAAAGUUAGUUUAACUUUUGGGUAG